AUGGAGGCAAUUCGAGACAACGCUAUCAAUUCCAUCUGCAUCCUCUGUGGAGCAGGAGAGAUCAGCAUCGACGCCUUCGAGGCAAUUCUCGACCACCUGGGGUGUGCCCAUGACUUGUUUUACGUCGUGGACGGACAACUGUUCAAGCGAAUCUCUGGCACUAAGACUUCGACCAAUGCUAAUAGCGGCGACGCUCCCGUCGUCGUGUUGCGUGAACCCGACGGAAACGCUUCCAAUGGAGACAAUAAAUGGUUCACGGACGCCAUAACUGACGAUUCCUCUCCCGAGGAAGAUAACGGAUCACCGAAGAUUUCUGCUGAGCCCCUCCCGAUGCCCAAGAUGCGUUCCCAUGGAACCUCUACUACUAUCACUCCGGGAGAUAACAUUGCUACACCCAAUAAGAGUACUCAAAGCGGCCGAACUUUGAUCUUCCCAUCCACUAGUGAUCAAAAGCUGCACCCUGUCGCUGCCCAGAUGGGUUGGACGGAACCUAAGUUCAUGCUAUGGGCUUCUCAGUCACGAGAGAAGACUAGUAAAGACUCUAGUGAAGCCCAGAUGAAGGAAGACACCAAGAAAUUUGGAGUUGCAGAGAAUAAGGAGUCAAGCAAGCAAACCAUCUCGACUAGCUCUGCUAGUAAGCGAUGCCCAGCUCUCGAGACGGGCGCGUUGCCUAGAAAUAAUAUCGCCUCGGGCUUUGGAGGAUUGGACAAAACCACAAUACAUGACCAAACCCCGAAGCCAUCGCCUCUGCGCCAUGCCGAGAGCAUUAAGCAAUCGCCUCAGAAGGUGACCCAUAAGUUACCUGAGAAGCCAGCUGAGUCUGGCAAAGACCACGCCGCCGAUGUAACCCCCGCUCUGACCAGAAGAACCGCGUCCGAAUCUUACAAGCUCAUCGAUAUCAGCGAUGACGAGGGCAGCCAGGAGGUUCCCGCCAAAUUUACAUCGUUUAAGAAGGAAGUUAUCUUCACCAAACCCGCCUGGGAAGAGAAGGAAAAAGCUGCCGUCGCCAAUGUCACGGUCAACGCUCCCUCGGACAAGAAGGGACAUAUCGAUGGACACGUCACCUCAGCCAAGGAAAAAGCCGCUAAAAAUACUGGAUCAAGCAGUAUCUCCAGCAUCAAGGCCGCCGGAGGUGCUACUGCCGACGAUACUACCGCCACAUCAGCUGCAUCCAAGACAGCCCCCAAGCGACCCGACCCUUCGGCCCAUCAACCCAUCAACAAGAAGAAAACCAAAGCGCCCAUAAUCUGCCCUUGGUGGAUGGAACUGGGCUACUGCAGACGCCCCUACUGCCCGCAAGUACACGAGGAGUUGGACGGUGGUAUUUACCAGCGCCUCAUAUGUCCGCUCUGGAAAGGCGUCUUCAAGGGCGAACCCUGCCCCAACGACGCCUCAAUUUGCGAGUACGCCCACCUCGAGUGUAAGCACGGACAGUGGUCGCAUCAAAGACCUAAGGCGGCUCAGGUUCAGAGAAGAAGGCUUGCGAGUGCGGGCGGACGAGUUGGUGGAGGUAGAUGGGGAGGUUAUGAUAGAAACGGACAGUGGGAGAGGGAUAUCAUGGCUAUGACGUCGGAUGACUAGGGAUCAGAUGGCUGAUGAGGGUUGGAUGGUUUCUGGCGUCACACAACUGACGACCUGACCUAUGUAUCCCGUGAACUGAGACGACUGGGCUGCGGAAGAUAUUGAACUUCAAAUAACUCUGAGUCGCAGAUAUUACCGAAAUUACUCAACCUUGAGCAGCAUUGUUCCCUCCGCCUGAGGCAUACAUAGGGGUAGAUAUUUAGACAUUCGAGGACUGCCAGUUGGUUCAUAGUUAGACAAACUUACUUUGCGG